UACCUUUGCGAAGAACAUUCUGUUUCAUAGUAUCAAACGUUGUUCAGUGCAAAUCAUCGGUGACGAUGAUCCGCGCCAAAUUGAUCAAAGGACUUUUUCUGCUUUUCUUGAUUUUUGUUGUUGUCGCUGAUGGACGAAGAGGAAGUCGUCACAGAAAAUAUAAAAGAGCUUUGAAAUCGACGAAAUUCGAUGUUCUUAUAUUUACCCAACAUUGGCCCCAGACAGUAUGCUACAGAUGGAAAGAAGUAUCGCCAAAGAACGAGUGCGCGAUGCCCAGCGACGAGGAAUGGUCUAUUCACGGUUUAUGGCCAAUCAAGUACCAUGCAAUUGGUCCAUUCUACUGCAACGAGAGCAUGCCAUUCAACUUCGCAGCACUCCAGCCAAUUGAACUCGAAUUGGAGAAAAAAUGGAUGGAUGUUGAAAAGGGCAAAAAUGCUCACUCAUUUUGGAUUUACGAAUGGGAAAAACAUGGCACUUGCGCUGCUGUUUUAGAACCUUUAAACUCAGAGCUCAAGUAUUUUAAGGAAGGACUUGCGCUUCUCGACCAAUACGACAUGAAACAUGUGCUUGCCAAGGCCAUGAUUAUGCCUGGUCAAGCGUACAAUGUUCAAAAGAUUCUUGACGGUGUCAAGGAAGUUUUGGGGAAAACCGCCCUAGUACAAUGCAUCAUCAAUCCCAAAACUCAUGAAAGAUACUUGUUCGAAAUAAGAAUAUGUUUCGACAAGAAAUUGAAUCUCGUUGAUUGUGAUGGAAUUCCCGGAUAUCCGACAAAUUGUUCCCACAAAAAGGACGUUAUUUAUCCUGGCCAAGUGCCAACAGAUUACACUGGCGUCAUGGUUCAUGGAUAAGGUUUCGACGGUAAACCAUUCGUCGACAAACGAAGCAUAAUACUUUGACAUAUAUUAAUUUUCACACGUCCUCUAAAUUUGCAACGACAAAGGAACCUGAAUUACCGACACCUUUUCAUUUUCAUCGCAUUGAUGACGAAUUUUGAGAGUGUAACGAGAGACGAUUAUUAUCGGUCUGUUGCUAUUUAUAAUGGAAUUCAAUAGUUGGCUGUACAAAGUGUAAAGAAUAAUCGAAGAUCGAUUAGAUUGUACCAAGCCACAUUGUAAGUUUACAUUACGAUUGUUCGUGUCACGAAUUUGCCGUAGUGACCUGAAACAUUUUUGUUCUCUUUCGUAUUUUGCAAACGAAAUGUACAAAAGUACGAAAUCUA